AUGAUUUCUCGUAGGGAUGUUCGAAUGUGUCAGUUGCUAAUUGCAGCGAAAGGAAAAGAGAUUUUAAAAGACCAUGACAUAAGUGGUCACACUGCCUUACAUUGGGCAUGUCUUGGUGGAUAUACGAAAAUUGUUGAAUUAAUGAUUGAAAAUGAAGCACCAUUAAAUGCGCCAAGUGAAAAUGACUAUGGACCACGACCUAUACACUGGGCAUGUACUGAAGGAUAUAUUGUUAUUGUUGAUCUAUUGUUACAACAUGGUGUUCCUAUUGAUACUACUGACAAGAAGCAAUGUACACCACUUAUUAUUGCUGCUCAGUACGGGAAAUCUAAUGUUUCUAGUUAUCUUAUUGGUAAAGGAGCUGAUAUUCAUGCUGUUGACGAUGAAGGAGAUAGUGCUCUUCAUUGGGCAGCUUUUAAAGGUAUUUCUUAACCUCAUUAAUUAAUAGUCUAUAACCAAAACACCAAAGGAAAUCAGUACUAUAUAAAUGUCUUGUUACCACCGUUAAACAGUCUUUCAAGCCAUCAGUCGGACAAAGCCUUGUCUCAUGGUGUGAUGAAAGGUUAAUUAGCCAUUCCGAAGUUGAUGAGAGAACUGGAUACGAGUGUUAAAGUUUGAAUACCCUUCGAAUAAUAAGCUUUCGAAAAUCGCGAUAUUUACUAUGAAAUGUAUUGUAAUUUUUGUUUUUGGGACGCGCGUCCCAAAAACAGUCUUUUUAUCAGUAAUUUCACAAUUUUCGAAAGGUUAUUAUUCGAAGGGUAUUCAUGUAAACGUCUUCAAACUUUGUAUACUUACUAAUUUUGAGGUGAUCUUUUUAGUGAUUUGGUUCAUUUCUUAAUUUGGGCACUUUUUAACACUCGUCCCCAGUCUGGUCAUCAACUUUGGAAUGGCUAAUUUAUAAUACACUCGAAGUCGUUGUUACAUUUGUUUUACCAACGUUACGGGGACCUGAAGGGUUAACCUCAAGGUCCACCUUUUCAAUAGCCUGCAUAGCAGUCGCUUUAUUUUUUAAAUUUUAUUUGAGGAUAUUUUAAGAAAUAAAUGCGGAAAAAAAAGCGGAGAAAAAACGGCGAAGGGGAAAAGGGCGAAGGAAAAAUAAAGCAUAUUUUUCCUUCGCCCUUUUCCCCUUCGCCCGUUUUUCCUUCGCCCUUUUCCCCUUCGCCGUUUUUUUCUCCGCUCUUUUUUUCGCAUUAUCCUCAAAUAAAAAUAUCCUCAAAUAAAAUUAAAAAAUAAAGCGACUGUUACGCAGGCUACCUUUUCAAAUACUGAUGUAAUAUUACUAGUAUUUAAAUAAAGUAUUAUUAUUAUCUGGUCGUUUUUCAAGACAUGUCAUUGUUGUUUCAAAUUACUUUCUCAAAAUCAUUAAUUCAUGAGCAAAACUCAAAGGAGACCUUCAUUGUACCGUUGCCCUGAUACCAUAGUAAUGAUUGUGAAUAAAUAAUUUCUCUUGAAAACUGUUUAUUACAGGCAUAUAAAACACCUCAAAAUAGGUGAAAAACCUCGACCAGUGCCUCGUUUUUCGACAUACUUUUCGGUAUUUUAUAUGCUGGUAAUAAACGCUUGCUCGUUUAUUAUUAUUAUAUAUUACAUAAUAAACUCCUUUCUGUGCAUGAUGCAAUUUAUAUAGCAUAUUCGUCCCUAGUACAUCGAUCCAUCCACAACCUUAAUUGAGCAUAUUAAGAAUCUGGAUGUCCUACUGUAGAAAUGAAAUGUAAAACCCGUUCUAUAUAGAGUUUAUGGUGCGUUUGGAGUUUUCCGUCUGCGGAGAUGUUAAUAAUAAGAAGAAACACGUAUUUUUAUUUUUACAUCAUUAAUUUGUUAGGUCAUAGUGAUUUGGUGCAGUUAUUUUUAUAUUCGGGAUUUAAUCCAGAGCAGAAAGAUAAAAUGGGUCAGGUAAAAAAUCGAAUUCGUAUUUUGUAGAACAUACAGUAUUUUAUAAUAAAUGUAUUGAAAUAAUGUUUAUUUCUCUCUUGUUUUGUGUCAAUAAAAUGAUUUUCUCAUUCCCAUCUUUCUCUAACUGCAAGUUAUAUGUUAUUGUAUAAUUUAUCCAUUUGUGUUCAUGACUAUAUGUGAUUGCCUGCCUGCAGGCUUGCUUGUUUGCAUGAUUAUUUGAUAGUCAGGCAGUUCAUAUAGUUUUUUCUCGUGUGUAUAUACACAUGUAAAACAACAGAGUCUUCAACUCAAAUGUUAAUAUCUAUGAUCCAGUUUAAUCAGUUUUUUAUACACCCUGUGUAUAAAUAUGUUAAACAGUAACAAAUGUUCGCUUAUAAUUACAAAGUAUAUUUUAGUUUAAUUUUUCAUUUAUUUGAUUAUUGUUCUUUUUCGUCAUCUGUUUCGUUGCUCAUCAGUUUUUUCCUCGACUGGUCAUUUAUUCGUGUAUAUAUAUAUAUAUAUUUUACUAGGCUCCUAUUCACCUAGCUUGCCUCAGCGGUAAUUUACUGGCUGUACAGCAUUUAUUUGUUAUGGUAAGUAUUUAUGAUGUAUGAUCUAUAUUUCUGAAUAAAACGUCACUUUUGGAGUUAUUGUGAUGUUAUAUUUUCUAAAAUACUCAGUGUUCCCCGAAAAAUCUAUAUAUUUCGCCAGAAAUGCUCUGUAUUUUUCAGGGUUCGUAUCCCAAAGAAAGAUCCUGGGUACGAGGUUGGGUUCGUAGCGGUCUUUGAAAUCCUUGAAUAUCUUUAAAUUUGAAUGCAGGUCUUUAAGGUCUUUGAAAAGUCUUUGAAUUGUGUGAAAAACGAAGAAAGUCUUUAAAAGUCUUUAAAUUCUUUAGUGAGGAAUUGAUUAUACGAUUUCCUAGCUAAUAAAAUAGAUUGAUUGAAGCAAGAUUUUCGCAAAUAUCGACUGUGUAAAAAUGUUGCUUACACUCGCAAUUUUUCGACAGCUGAUUGCUCUCAAAGAGCUUUGAAACGUCUUUGAAAAUAGGCAGAAAAAUUCUUUGAAAGUCUUUGAAUUGUUUUGGUCAUGGAGACUACGAACCUUAUCUGUAUUUUUCCAUGUUGCAGGAUGUUUCAAUUAGUGAGCGUGAUAAUAAUCAGAAAACACCGUUAAUGUUAGCAAUGGGCCGACAGAAUGAAGAUAUUGUUACCUAUCUAUACAGAAAACAAAGUAGAUAUAUAAAAUUUACUCUACGGUAGGUCUUGCCAUUCACCAUUUAACAAUUAUUCGCCGAAGGCGAGCUGAUUAUCGGGGAAUAUUCACCGAGACGAAGUCGAGGUGAAUAUUCCCCGAUAAUCACCGAGCCUGAGAUUUAUAUUCUCCGAUAUAUUCCUGAGGUGAAUAUUUAUAUUCCUGAGAUGAAUAAUCUGAAUAUUCCCCGAUAAUCACCGAGACUGGAUUUAUUUUAAUUUUGCUUACUUCUUUAUCAGUAAUUUCCACAAAACUGCUAGCCGCCAUUUUGCAAAUUUCGGUUUUGUUAUAUCCACCUGUAGUAGUAUUACGUCAAAUUUUACCUUAAUUGUCAAAAUAUUUUGUGGGUAAAUAUCAAGAUUUUGUUGGUAAAAUAUUUUGACUAGUAAAAUCUAUCAGUGUCCUCUAUACAAAACUGGAACAGUAUCUCUGGCUUACAUUUUGUAAGUAUGCCCCAGGCCCCUACUCGAAAAUUGACUAAAUUCAAUGCGAAAAAUGUGCAUCUGAUGUAGACGUUUCAUAAUUUUUUAGCCGGCUGUUUGUUUAGUCUGGCUCUACCAUAGCUCUACGAAACUAGAGCAAGUGGUCUUUCACAAUAAAGUAAAUUUUAGAAACACUUGGUCAUAAAUAGUAACGUUAUCUGCAUAUGACGCGUGAAAAACAAGUUUGGGUGAAAAACCACGCAGAAACAGAACACGUGAUAAUAUGGACUGCAUGUACUUGCCAUUUUUAAAAAUUUACGUACAAAAACUGAAAACAUUGAUCCGAAAAAGUGGCCAGUUUUCAGGUACCACGAACCAUACGCGAAUUACACGCGUGUUUUAAACCUAUACAACAGAUCACUCUACUGGCCGCCAUGUUGGGUUCGCCCAAUCAUAGAGCCGCUUUUCUGAAGUUACCGUUCCAGUCUUUAUACAGUUCACUGAUUUUGGCCCUUGUGUUACGUUGCUCUUGUUACCUUUAUCUUAAAUUUAAACGCCUGCUAUGCAGACUAGUCUAUCAGAGGCUUUUCUGGUUGUGUAACUAUUGUUACUGUUUCAUUACACAGCUAACCAACUGUUAAUGAAUUUUUUCGUCUAGUAUUAUGCUUGCUUUCUAUUUUUAUAGCGAUAUUGUUUUUGGGCCUCCUGGCAGAUCAAAAGGACCAUUUCUAUUCGUGUUGAUUAAUAUUAUUUUCGUUGGAUAUCCAAUUUAUUAUUACAUGGUAUGAUUGAUAAUGACUAUACUAUACCUAUAUACACUUAAAUGUAUCUAUAUCUAUAAUCUUUUUCACUGUUUUAUCGCCGAAUAAUGAAAAUUGAAGCGGAAGCUUUAACAACAAAUCACAAUUUGAUCUGAAUAAAAAGUUCCUGAUAACGUUCCUAUAAAACGUUCUUGCAUGUUUUUUUCCAAAAUAAAAGUCCAUUUUCAAAUUAAAAUUUCUCCUGAAUUGCAUUUAAUUUUUCCCCUAAUUGUCAUGACGUUUGAUAUCCAUUUAUAUUAAUUAAACAUAUUUUCAAAAUUUGAAAGGAAUUAAGAAAUAUAAGUUGUUAUAUACAUGCAGGAAAGUGGAUUUUUGGUACCAUGUACAAGAAAAGGCCGUUCGUUACUUGGGCAUCAUGCAAAAUACCCUUACAUGUAGUGCCGGGUUCGUGCUGAUGAAUUAUUAAUACAAUAAAAAAUAACAAUGCAAUACAAUAACAAAUUUCGCAUUUUAUAAUUGACUUUUUACCUUCGCUGAACCUUCGCUGGUUAUUCUGGAAAAUUUUCCUAGAUUUCUUUGUUCUAAGGUUAUUGCGUACCUUGUGCAGGGUCACGGUUAAUAAUUCUUUUGUGUUGCUAUUGUUCUACAUGCAUUUACUAAAGCGGUUGAUGCAUACGUAGGGCACGGGCAUGAAGUUGUAACAAACCUGCAGCAGACUUGUAGCAGUGCUGUUCAAUAACUUGCAGGAUGUGUUCGCACUAUUUGUUCCCAGCUUGUUGGCAAGUUGUCAACGGCUUGUUGACUACUUGAUACAAGGUUGUUGAUUCAAUAGACGUGUUACAAGUUGUUCCAACGUCUUGUUAUAGCCCUACAAUUCAACAAAUUGUCAACAACUUGUGAGUGACAACCUUGUAGCAACUUGAUGAAAUAACUUGUUGGCAAGCUUGCUACAAGCCUGUUGCUAACACAUCUUGUUGACAAGUUGUGAGAUUUUUACAUGUGUAUGAUAUAGAUUUUUUACAGGUAAACUACGUGAAGCGUUCCUCUUUUAAGUUCCUAACUUGGUUGCAAUUUUCCUCAUUACCUUAGCAAAUUUGAAAAACUCCCUUGCAAAUCCCUUGAGGGAAUUUGCAAUGUUCUAAGAGCCAAAUAAAUUUUCCUCAGUUCCUGUUAGAAGUUCUUAACUUCCUGUUACAAGUUCCUAACUUCCUGUUCUGUUCUGCACGUUGUAAUUGGCUAACAAAAAUAAUCUGCCAAUGAUAACGCUCGAAACAGAACAGGAAGUCAGGAAAUUAAAACAGGAAGUUAGGGAAAUUUGAAAGGAACUUUCUUUGUGUUGGAAUAUUGCAACGGCCGACAGGAAAAUUGCAAAUUCCCUCAAGGAUUUGCAAAGAGUUUUUCAAAUUUGCAAAGCUGAUUAUGAAAAUUCCAAAUGAGUUAGGAACUCAAAAGAGCAACGCUUCACGUAGUUUUCCUGUAAGCAUGCAUGCACUUGUAUCGAAUUGUGAUAUUUUAAAAAAGUAAAUAUCAAGAUUUUUUGUUGCCAUCUUACUCGAUUGAAUAAUAGUUGAAAGGUAUUGUAGAUGGAAAUUAUCGUGUGGAAAUUUAUAUACAUUUAUUUAACCUAACCAGGAACAGCUGCUAUGUUGGUUAGAGCUUUGCAACGGAAUCGCAGGGCCGCAGGUUCGAUUCCUGCAUGCCAGGGACCUGAAGUUGCAUUUUUCGCUGUUUUUGGUUAGGGACCGGUCAUUAUUUAUGGUGGGGGUGGCACCGAAGAGAAAUGUUUUUCGUAGCAAAAAUUUUGCUGACCCAACCAUUAAAAAGUCAAAAAUUUGAUUACCCAACCUCAAAUAUCAAGUAAAAAAUAAAUACCCACCCCUGGCCAAAAUUAAACUUUACAAAAGAUUACCAUUCAGUUGUCACAUAUGUCCUUUACCCGAUUUCUAUGACACUGAGGAGUUUGAUAACUGCUUGUGAAAUUUGCUGCAGUCUAAUGUAUCAUGUUGUCUGCACAUGUGCUUUCUUUGAAGACACCAUUUGUCUUCUAACAAAUUGGAAAAUGAUCAAGACAGUGACUGAUUGAUUCACUUAUUGUAUUGACAUAUGACUAUAACUUUUUAUUACCCAACCCUUGAGUUGUUUUGUUUUUCAUUUACCCAACCUUUUACUUACUCAAAAUUUAGUUUACCCAACCAUUUUCUCUUCGGUGCCACCCCCCACCAUAAAUAAUGACCGGUCCCUUAGGUCUAAUAAAUGUAUAUAAAUUUCCACUCGAUGAUCUCCAUCUACAAUACCCUUCAACUAUUAUUCAAUCGAGUAAGAUGCUAACAAAAGAAUCUUGAUAUUUACUCACAACCUAUACAUGGCAGUACUCUAGUAUACAUGAACUUGAUAUUUUAUAACCAUGUUUCAAUAAAGCUAUACACUAGCAUGUUUCUGUUCCAUCGUUUAAGCAUUUCUAGCUAGUUUUGAAAAAAUAUUUGUGCAGGUUCAAACCUCGUUCAACCUCCAUGUUUGUUUCUUCUGUAACAUCUUUGAAGUUUGCCGACUUGUCUAACCAUGUUAUUAUAUUCACCACGUCGCAAUAAUACUGUAUUUAUAUAUUUUAAGGUCAUCCCCGAGACGUAUUCCGAGAUGCCUUAUGUCCAUUAUUUAUUCCUCUUUUUAAACGUCGUUAUGUGGAUGUCAUUAUACACUGCUUCUACAACAGACCCAGGAUUUUUGCCUGGAGACACCGAGGAAUACAAAUUAACAUUAAAACAAGUAAGAUAAACUAAAUAUAUUUAUCAUAUUAUAUUGGCGACAAAUUCGAUAUCGAUUUUACUUAUCUGCAGUCCUAUUUCUUUAUAUUUUGUUCUUGAAAGUUAAAUGUAUGCUCUAAACUGCCCAUAUUUGCAAAUUAGUCGUUUGAUGUGCCUAUAUCGUGCCUAUAUAUAAUGUCAUUUUGAAGUUGUUGAAAAGUCGACCGAUCUUUAUGUACUUACGUAUUUUGUAGUGCAAACCUUUCGUUUUCUUUGACUAAAGAAAACGAAAGGUUUUCACGACGUUUUAAGUGAAGGUUUCUUAUUAAAUUAAUAAUUGUUUGUCUCAUUUAGUUUACAAAACGUUUGCACCAUUCUCUUUUCAUUUUCUUUUGUUUUCUAACUAUAAGUAUUUGGCAUUGAUGAUUAUACAAAUAAUGAAUGUUUAUGGUUAAAGUGAAAGUUUUUUAAAGUGAAAUUUUAACACGGAAAGUUGUUAUUUUAUAAAACAAUUACUUUAUGGUGGUUUCCGUGUUUGGAUGGCCUGAUCUAAACACUUGGGAAUGUUGCUCGAGUUAAGAAAAGCGCGCAAAAUCACUCGCCUUCGGCUCGUGUUUCGCGCGCUUUUCUUAACUCUCACAACAUUCCCGCGUGUUUGGAUCAUGCCAUCCAAACACAGAAACCAUAAAGUAAUUGCAUAUUCAUUAUUUAUUUUAUAUAAUACAAAAAUAUAGACUAAUAGAUACGUAUGAGAAGCAUUUUGACGGAUGCGAUUUAUCGAAAACACAAAGACUGCAGUGGAAUAAAACGUAUAGUACAAUUGCACUCGCAAAGAGUGCAAUGGAACGUAUUCCAUUGCACUAUUGGGAAAUUAAAUUUUCUAUUCAAUAUCACGUGACCAUAAACAGCCAAUUAAACGAUCAGAAUUCAAUAAGAUAUUAUAUAAUAACAAAUGUUUCAUUUUUUUAUUUCAACCGAUUUCAGAUGUAAUAUUUAUAUUAUUUUAACACUUUAAUUAUGCCUUUAAUUACUUACGGAAUAGAACUUUGGGGAGGCGCAUACUUCAAUAAAUACAUUAGUCAAAUAGACAAAUUCAUCAAUCGCGCUCACAGAAAUGGUUACAUAUCGGAAAAAUUGAAUAUUAAGGAGAAAGUAAUACAUAAUAAAGAUAAUGCACUACAGGAGCUUUUACCAGAUAAAUUAAAUAGACACCUUAUAGGCCAAGGGGACACGAGUUUGAACUUCCAUUAGUGAGAACAGAGCGAUUUAAAAGUUCUUUUGUAAAUCGAUGUUUGUUUAACUUUGUUUAACCAAUUUUAACCUUUACCUUUUUAACAUUAUUAAUAUUUUUAUCUAUAACUGUAUAUAUCUAGUUAUUACCUUAUAGAUAUCAAUAUUUUUAUCUUAUAUAUUUUUAUAAUGUAAACUCACAGACGGGUGUUCUUGAGUAUGAAUAAAGACUGUUAUUAUUAUUAUUAUUUUUCAGGUAGCUCUUCACGACGAUUGGAAAGAUAAAACCGGUAGUCCGUUGAAUCGACUGUGUCACACGUGUCGCCUGGUUAAACCAUUGCGUUCUAAACACUGCAGAAUAUGCAACAGAUGUGUAAGAACGUUUGAUCAUCAUUGUCCUUAUGUCAAUAAUUGUAUUGGUUUACAUAAUAGG